AUGAAUUUAAUGAUGUUAGAGGUUUCAGCAAACGCCCCUUCCCUUUUCAAUGCUCAAGAAUGGGGAAAAUCGACAGAUCACCGAAAUCAGGAGGUGCUGUCAAUAUUUUCAAGCCUAUCGAACACCCUGGUUUUCAGAGAAUAGGCGUAUCGAGAUCGCCCAGUAAUAUAUCACUUCGAUCAACGAAACCAAAUGUUUUCAGCAGCACCCCUAAAAGUGAGAAAACCCCACCUAAAAAAGAAUUAGAAAGGAGCAUUACAAGCAGUACAAAUGAUUCCAGAGAUUCUGAUUCAGAUGAGGAAGUUGACCUUUUGUCUGUGAGUUAUAAGUCGAUUGAAAUAAACUCAUCUGUGAGUUUCACAGAGGAUGUCCAUUUAAGAAGACAUGAACUCUAUGUUAAGGAUAUUGAAGAUUCCAAUGAUGUCUUAUUUGCCAUAUCACCCACCAUAAGAGCUUUAUAUGAUGGAGAUGAAUAUGAAAAGUUUAUGGAAAGGCUGGAUGCCAGAAUCAAAAACCAUGACAGGGAUAUUGAGCGAAUGUGUAAUUUCCACUACCAGGGAUUUAUCGAUUCUAUCCGGGAACUGCUUCAAGUUAGAAGUAAAGCUCAAAAGCUUAAGAAUGAGGUUUUGUUAACAAAUGAAGACUUGCAACAAAGUGCAAAGAAAGUAAUGAAAAAAGCAGAAGAAUUAGUUAAGCAUAGGAAAAUGCAGUAUAAUAUUUCCUGUGCCAUUGAUAAUUUGUUUAUGUGCCAACCUGUUUUAGAGAUGUAUUUCAAACUAAUGCACCAAAUGAAAGAGAAGAGAUAUUAUCCAGCUUUAAAAAUAUUAGAACAGCUAGAACACACCUAUUUACCAAGAAUUAGUCGUUAUAGAUUUGCUCAAACCAUGAGAGCUACAAUACCUGUGCACAGAGAAAAAAUUAAAGAGGCUUCUAAGUCAGAUCUGAACGAUUUUCUGGAAAAUGUUCGUAGAAUUUCUCCGAUGAUUGGAGAAAAGGCUAUGAAACAUCAAUCUGAGCACAGCACUGUGGAUGUUGAUUUUAAAUGGAAGAAGCGGAAAGCUCCUCCUCCACCGAAUCCUUUCACUGGGGAAAUAGAGCAACUGCCAGAAGAAUGUGUAGUGGAUGAUGGGGAAGAUUUAAGUGCACAGGAUAUGAUAGAUUUUUCACCUGUUUAUCGUUGUCUCCAUAUUCAUACUGUAUUGGGUGAAAGAGAGUCAUUUGAGCGUUAUUACAGAAAUCAAAGAAAGCAGCAAGCCAAAUUAGCUUUACAACCAUCCACAAAUAUGAGUGAAACCAUUGAUGGAUAUAGAAACUAUUUUAGUGGUAUUGUAGGGUUUUUCAUUGUUGAGGAUCAUGUUUUGAAUACUGGAAAUGGACUUGUAAAUAGAGCAUAUUUAGAUGAGGUGUGGUCAAAUGCAUUAUCAAAAAUUGUCGCUUCCUUAAGGACUCCAUCAGAUUGUUCUACAGAUACAUCUCUUAUGUUACAAUUAAAGUGGUUAAUAAUGCUAUUCAGCUACACACUUAGAGCCUAUGGUUAUACAGUUAAUCAACUGUUUGAAUUGUUGCUUGAAAUUAGAGACCAAUAUAAUGAGAUGCUUAUGAGAAAGUGGAAUAAAGUUUUCAGAAAAAUAUUUGACUCUGAUAAUUAUCACCCUAUAGAAGUAGAUAAUCAAGAUGCUUAUGAUGCUAUUAUCAGUAGGUUUCCAUAUCAUGAUGAAGAACUAAUGUUAGCUCUCUUUCCUAAAAAGUUCCCAUUUUCUGAAUUUGUUCCUGAAGUAUAUGAUCAAGUUAAAGAGUUUAUUAGUGCUUGUUUAAAAUUUUCUCAAGACUUGAAUCUCAGUCAAACAGAAGUUCAAGAUAUGGUUCGCAAAUCAACCAAUUUACUGCUAACUACUACUCUUAGUGGAUGCUUGUCCAAUCUAAUAAAGAAUUCAAACCUUGGACUUUUACAGCUGAUACAAAUCACCAUCAACACAAACCACCUGGAACAUGCUAGCAUAUAUCUUGAAGACUACAUAUCUACAAUUACAGGAUCAACUACUGAAUCUUUUCAUGUUGCUAAACUACAAAGUUGUUCUAUGUUUAAGGAUGCACGAGCUGAUGCUGAAUCUCAGAUUUAUGAAAAAUUGAAUGAAAAGAUAGAUGAAUUUUUAGAAUUGGCAAACUAUGAUUGGUUGCUUGGGGAACCAGAAGGGCAAGCAAGCAGUUAUCUAACAGAUUUAAUAGCAUUUCUGAAGAGUACUUUUGAGGCUUUUACUAAUCUUCCUGAUAAAGUGGCUCAAACGGCAUGUAUGUCAUCAUGCAAACAUAUAGCAAAUGCUUUGAUGGGUUUCCUAUUAGAUAAAGAAGUGAAACAUAUUUCCCUUGGAGCUUUGCAACAAUUCAAUCUUGAUGUUAUGCAAUGUGAACUGUUUGCCAACUGUGUACCUGUUAGAAAUUUUGAAGAAGGAAUUCUACUUAUGUGUUUUGCUGAACUACGGCAGGUUUUAGACCUUUUCACUGACUGGGAUUGGUCAAAUUACUUCCGAGAAUAUGGCCAGGAAACUAGCAAAUAUUUAAGAGUGAAUCCGCAUACUGCAAUAAUAUUAUUAGAAAAAGUUCGAGAAGCAGAUAAAAAGAAAAACAUAUUCUCAGCCUUAAAGAAGAAUGAAAGAGAUAAGAAGAAACUAUUAGAAACUGUGUUAAAACAACUUCGACAGCUUACUACAAAUGGUGCUGCUUAGUACUUUACUUUUUCAGAACUCAAACUUAUUAUUUUAGUAAUUACUGAUAUGAAAACAAUGCUUGUCUUUGUUAUAAAUAUCUCCUGCAUUGUUUUUAUGAAAUUAGAAGAGAUUUAUUUUUAAAAAAAGCAUGUUUUUGAUAUUUUCUUUGUGUACAUUUUUUGUGAUUUGUUUUAAUUUAAAGUAUAAACUUAUGAAUUUAUUUUAUACUGAAAAUAAUGUUUCAUUAUCCUAUCUUAGAGUCUUCUUAAUAUGGCAUUUUAAACUUGGCUAAAUUAUUUCACUGAAAUCUUAACGUACUGGCGGUUUUGACAUUUUCAUUUUUUCUGCUUCCAAAUUUUCAUACUUUUUUAUAUUCAACUGUGGUUUCAGCUACUUCCACCUGUCCUCCAAUCACAAAGCUAUGGUAUGAAGGAUUAUUUUUCUCCUAAUUCUAAAUUGUCUCUUAUCUAACUUUAGAUUGGUGGGUGUUUCCCCCUGUCUAGAUAAUUGUUAGUUGGUCGAAAAGGAAGUGAGGUUUUUCAUUUAAGUGCAGAACCGUCUGUGUGUUAAACACCUAAGACUCCUAAUUUUCCCACGCAUACUGAAGUGCAAAAUAAAAUUUAUUAGAAUCACUAAAGUUUGAUAGUCUGAUAAUUUAUUAGUAUAAAUUAAUGCUUGAAGCACUAUAACAAUAAGCCAUAAUUUUCCUUAAGUGGCAUUUAUGUGUUUUUAGUAUUGUUUCCAGAUUGACAUUUUACAAAUAAAAUUUAAAAUAAUAUGACAAAAAUAUUAAUAACAAUGUCACAUAAACAGGCAUACAAUCAAUUCAGUAUUGUAUGAAGCACCUUUUUCAAACACACUAUGAAAUAAAAAAAACAUAGAGGUGCAGAAGAAACUAUUGACAAGUUACAACAAGAACAAAUUGGAUUGAUCAACAGUAUAGGUAGUUAACAGCAGGUUGAAGAUUAGAGGGGGAAAAUGUGAAUAUCUCUUACUUAUGUUGUUGGCUAUUCUAAUCUUCAACUCUGGUUGACUAUUUAGUUUCCCUACUCUGUUGCUUAAUUUUUUUAAAAACUUGUUUGUAAUUUCUCUUGUAUUUCUAUGUUAUUCUCUUUUGUUCAUUGUUUUGAUUCUAUAGAAGGUGCUUCAUUAUAGGAAUAAAAGAAUUGUAUGUCUAUAUGACAUUGUGUGUUUUUUUAUUUUUGCUUUAAUUAUAUGUAGCUAAGUUAUGGGUUAGAAAAAAAAGUAUAUAAUAUGCACACAUUUUACACUUCUUUACCUUGUAAUUUACACGUUUUUGAAAUUACUACUAAUUAACACUUUAAAUAGAAGUAUCUUAUUGCCCACCUGAAAAUUUAGUAUUUUCACUUCGAACACUCUUUAGAUCAAUUAAAUAAUGUGGCUUAUCAUUAUGUGGCAGCUACAACCAUUUAUUUUUAAAUAAAAUUGCAAAUGAAUGAUUUUGUGUUAACUAAAUUCCUUAUCAUGUAAAGAUUAUUAAAACUAAAUGCAAGAAAGCCUUAUAAGGCCUUGUUUAAUAAAGGUUAUAAUGUAUUGAAAUUAUUUAAUAAUAUAAAUAAUUCUUUCAAUAAAGUCAAAUAAUCAUUAUA